AUGCAAUGUGGAUUUGCAUUCCUAGAGGCUGGAGCAGUACGGAGUAAAAAUGUCACAAACAUUCUUAUUAAGAAUGUGAUGGACUCUUUUGUUGCUGGUAUUGCUUACUGGAUAUUUGGCUAUGCAUUUGCCUAUGGCGAUGGUGGGAAAGCACAGAAAUUUAUUGGCGCCACAUAUUUUGCUUCAUAUGAUAUGGCAAUGGACCAGUAUGCGAGCUUCUUCUUUCAGUACACUUUCGCUGCAACGGCGGCUACCAUCGUCUCAGGGGCUGUAGCGGAAAGAUGCGAAUUUAUAGCUUAUUUUGCCUACAGUUUCGUUAUCACUGGAUUCAUUUACCCUGUUGUAACACAUUGGGCCUGGGGAAGUGGAUGGUUGGUAGAUGGACACAACUAUGGUGGAGACAUUGGUCAAAUUGCUUACCAGGAUUUUGCAGGCAGUGGUGUUGUUCACGUUCUGGGUGGCGUUUGUGCUUUUAUAGGAGCUGCACUUUUAGGACCAAGAAUUGGUAGAUUCCAGAAAGGUUCUAAUGUUGUUGGAACUCUGCGAGGACAUUCCGUGCCUAUUGCUGCUCUUGGAGGUUUUAUUCUAUUCUUUGGAUUCUUGGCUUUCAAUGGAGGAUCACAGCUCACAAUUAGUUCUGAGGGAGAUGGCGCUGCAGUAGCUGUUUCUGUUGUCAAUACAAUAAUAUCUGCCUCCUUUGCUGCCUUCGGUUCACUCAUCAUAAACAGGUUACAUAUAUUUGGAAAUACGUGGAGUUUACUUGUCACCAUCAACGGAGCUUUAACGGGAAUGGUUGCUGCCUGUGCUGGAUGUAACCAGAUGCAUCCUUGGAGUGCUGCUGUACUAGGCUUGUUUGCAGCUAUAUCUUAUACAUUGUGGUCCACAGUAAUGAAAAAACUUAACAUCGACGAUCCUUUAGACGCCGUUGCAGUACAUUUUGGAGGAGGUAUAACCGGCGUUAUCCUGAUUGCUUUCCUAGAUAAAGAUGAUGGUAUACUGUUUAACUGGGACAAAAAGUCUGGUCUGAAACUUGGAUGGCAGUUUGUUGGAUUAGCUGCUAUUAUAGGCUGGUCAGCAUUGUUUUCCCUGUUAAUAUUUGGUAUCCUCAAAUGUUUUGGUGUGCUUAGAGUACCUCGGGAAAUUGAAGAUAAAGGUUUAGAUAUUCCUAAACAUAAUGAGCCUGCCUAUCCGGUGGAGGCAUAUGGACAUGGGCAUAUAGAGAAGUUAAUACAGAUCCUAGAAAGACAACCCAUGGUUGUAACUCAAGGAUACACAAAAAUGGCAUAUGAAAACGAGUCAUACACAACAGAAAAUGAAUUUCAAGACAAAGGUGUUCAUGAAACACCAGAAACGUCUGCAGCUGUAAGAAUUAGGAAUGGAACUCCUUCAAACGGACAUCGAACAAUACUAACAAUAAGUAAUGGAACAACACCGUCUACUGCUGGUGCGACUAAAAUGUAAAGAAAAAUGAAAGCUUAUUGUACUUUAUGGAAUGAUGAUUCAGGAACAAAAGUAGAUGCAGGUCAUAGACCACUAUAUCUAUUUAAUGAUGAUGAGUAAAAUGCAAUAUUCAUUUUUAUGCGCCACCUACGAUAGUAGAGGGGCAUUAUAUUUUUCGGUCUGUGCGUCCGUUUGUUCGUUCGUCCGUCCGUCCGUCCGUCCGUCUGUUCCGCUUCAGGUUAAAGUUUUUGGUCAAGGUAGUUUUUGAUGAAGUUGAAGUCAAAUCAAUUUGAAACUUAGUACACAUGUUCCCUAUGAUAUGAUCUUUCAUAUAUGAGUUUUGACCCCAAUUUCACGGUCCACUGAAUAUAGAAAAUGAUGGUGCGAGUGGGGCAUCCGUGUACUAUGGACACAUUCUUGUUAAUAAUAUAAAUACACUGUAAUGUCCAAAACAACAAUAAUACAGCAUAGCUGUUAAAUAUAUUAAUGUAGAUAAAUGUACAAGUGCUGAAAAAUGUUAAUAUGUUUAAUUUUUGUACUAAUGAAGUUAGACUUAAAAAAUGGAUAAUGUAUUAUAUAUUUCUUCAUUUUUAUACUAAAUGGCUUAGUCCAAUGUGUAUAUAGUAUUUGUGAAUAUGUGAUAUUUAUGUCAACAGCAUUUAGGAGGGUCUGGAUGGGGUCCGUUAUUUCUUCAUUCUUUUAUUUGUUAGAAAAUUUUUCUCUAUGCUUUAAUUGUUUUGUCCAUUGUUCUCUAUUCUUUAUAUUUUAGCAGCCCAUUUUUCUCUAUUCUUGAUUAUUUUUGCCCAGUUUUCCCUUUUUUGUAUUUUUUCCCUUUAUUCCGCACUUUUUGCCCAUUAUUUACUAUUCUAUAAACCCAUUCCAGAUCCUCAUUUAGGUCUGUUAUUAUUUGUUUCAUGGCAAUUUAGUUACCUUUUCAGUAAUGAUUUUGAAUUCC